AAUUGUACACGUCGAGAUGUCGUCAACGUUAGCGGAACGUGAGAGUGUGAAACAUUUCAGUCGACCGCGAUUCGUUGAACGAGCACAGUGCUCGGUUCGUAUCGGUCACCCGGUGUUGUUGUCACGUAGCGGUCGCCCCGAAACAGCCAGAGGGACUUGUUAUCCCGUGCUCCAUUCAAGCGCUCGCAGCGUGUGGGUAGGGCCGAUUGCGCCUGUCGAACUCGAAAACGUGUUGUUUGUUGAGCAGCAAGUGAUUUCAAGUUGAGGAAAAGUGCGCUGAAGCACAUAUCGUUCCAUCGAAUUGCUUUCAGCAAUUAACUUAACUGGCGUCUGGGAUCCUAGACAACCUCAGGAGGAAUUGUUCUCAGGACUCAUCGGCAAUUAUAGUGUCCGCGUUUUCCUGCUCGGGAGCUCCCUAUAUGUAGGACAUAACACGACACGAUCACUCCGUUUUCUAUCCACAACUCUUGCGCGUCUGUUUAGAACACGUCUGUUUAGAACCACACGCGAAGUGGUGUCACGUCGAGGGAAUAAACAAGGGAGAGAAAGGAACUCGUUUGAACACGGACGUGAGUGAGUGAGUGAGUCACCGUCGGUGUUAAGGUCCGAGGAUGAAAUUCUUGGCCAUUUGGACGCUGAUGCUAACGGCGCUGGCUGCUGUGGCCUUCGUCGCGAGCAAGAGCGGCAUGUCGACGAUCGACAGGUUGCGGCAGGAUCUGCUGCACCAGGAGCGAGAACUGACGAGAGACCUGGCCGAGCCGAAGUGGACGAACGUCGACGAGCAGCAGAAGAUCCUGUACCUCAUCCGAGCGUAUAAGAAGUUCGGCGAUCGCGUGGACGAGCUGUAUCCCUUGGAUCGGCCCAAUUAUCUGCAGGUUUUGGACUCCUUGUGGCUUUGGGCGCGCACCCAAGCCGAGUCCAAGGGCGUGAACGGUCUCUACAUGGUGUUCCGACAGAUGCAGCGCGAGAUUGUCGAGCUAAACGCGCCGGUCAAUGCGAAGCAGCAGAAGAACUUCGCGGAGACGAUCCUACGGGAUCCGAACGCGUCGAUACCACGAGCGCUCGAUCGUAUCGCGAGUCUCAUCAUGCACGAGAAUCUAUUCAUCGCGGCUUUUCAGCAACUCUCGAGCCAGAUGUGCAGCGAUACGCAAUCGCCACAGCAGAUGCUGUACAAUUUGUACAAUACCGUAGCGUUAACGGAGAUCAAGGGCUACACGAUGAUCCAGUUCUCUUACAUGAUUCUACGUCUGUACAACGAAGGCAAAAAUUUUAACGAGGAGAUGGAGACGCUGAAGCAGCAGUACGCUAUCAGAACAUCCGAGACGCUGAGAGCCGUCAAAACGGCGAUGGCAUUCGCCCCUAGAAACAUAUGGAAAUGCGAUCCGAACGUACACAAACCGGACGAAACCUACACCGAGCUGAAGCAGUUGUUCCAAGGGUACAUCGUAAACGAGGUGGACUUGAACAGCGACGGCACGUGUAAGGAGAACUGCGCUUAUUACGGAUACAGCAGAGUGUACGGUUGCUAUCAGAAUCAAUUUUGCUCGAGCCAACGUCGGUGCAACGGCAAGAUAUUGAAUUGCGAGUACAUCGAUUCUGAUAUGUGGAUCUGCCCCUCGAACAAAAGCAGCAGCAGAAGAUACGAAUACAUCCAGUACGAGAACGGUAUGGUGUACGGUAACAAAAACACGUGUUCUAGAGGCACGACGAAGGUCGAUAGCUGGUGGCGCUGGUUAUUCUGGCAUUGCAGUUACUGCUUCUGCUAUUGUGACGAUCACAACUCGAGUUCUGACCGAUACUUCAGCCUCAAAGCCGUGAAGUCCGAUGCCGCGAAUAAUAAAAUUAUAACUGGAGCGAGACUGAAGAAAGUAAACCAAAUUAUUCACAUACAAAUUCAAGAAGGCCAGCUACUUCCACGUGGAGGGAUUAAUGCGUCCAGCAUCCACUGGAAACCGAUCGAUGAAUUCUCGAUCAUGAGCAGCGAUGUGAGGAACGGCGUGGAAUACCAUAAACUCGUGUGGGAGAAGCGAGCUAUGGAUCUCGAUGAUCUAUUGCCACCGGAAGACCACCUUUUGACAGGUAUUCGAUUCCGCAUGGUCGGUAGUCGCUUGAAUUUGGAAAUCAGGGCGACUCCAUUCAACUUUACGUCCGGAUUGUUAAAUGAACCCGAGAAAAAUAGUUUCUGGCACAGCAACGAUAUCACCGAUAGAACUGAGCUGACACUGAGCGAGCCCGAUAUACCGAUUCGCGACUCUAACAAUCUGCCAGAUUCGAAAGUGAACCAAUACCUGAACUUCGCACCCAGUGAUCGACGCAAGGACGCCGCACAAAGCACUGUGCCAUUCCUAGACGUGCAACCGGUCACGCCGAAUCCGCCGGUGCUGAUUGCGGGCGCUGGUAUCUUUCACAAGGGACACAAGGGCUCGGGCGGUUUCGUCGCCUUGCGUCUCAUCACUUACGACUUCACGCCGCACCUGCAGGUCGACCUACCGCCGGCACCGCCGAUUCUCGAUACCCCGAACGAAGUCAGAGCGUAAAGUAGCAAUAACGCAACCUACAUUAUCCAUCACCCCCCACCCCCGUCGCGAGAUGUGAUUUCCCAAAUAGCGAUUAAAAAAGAACCUGUGAUCUACCGAGGACCUCAAUGUCGAGGUGGAUACGUACAUUUAAGCUGUCAAAAUAUUGUUUGUAAUUGCGUGUAGGUAAAUAUGUAGAACACAUAACCGUAAGUUCCGUUCUAAACGCGUAGCUUAGACUUGUUAUCGAUGAAUUCGUCGUUCGUAGUGUGCCAAAUCGUUAAUUUAACGAUAUUGUCGUUGAUUUUAAAAGUGAAAUUUCUCUCCUUUUGGGAAUAAUGGAAUUUUGUAGAAUUUUAUAGAAUAGGAAUUGAUCCGGAACGACGGAUUUAGAGCGAAGCGUCUAAAGUGUGAAUCUUAGAUAUUUGUAAGUUCAACAAUACCAAAUGUCAAGUCUUUCUUAUAAAAGAUGUAUAGGAAAGAUCCUUCUUUUUUUUAUAAAUUUCUUUAAGCUUGCAAACUUAUAAAUUGAUAUACAAAC